UUCCCAAAUGGAGAAACUGUCCACUUAAUGAAGAAUCAUAUCCCCUGGACGAUCAUGGCUCAGGUCGGACUUUGGGGAAGCGGAUUAUUGGUCAUUGUAGCUUCCUAUAAGAUCAACACUGCUGCUGUUGCCGAAUGCUGUUGCUGUUUCUGCCUAGGCUCCAGGCUAAAAAUGUUUGCCUCCAUCUUUUACUCCUUAUUAGCAAUCGUUGGCUCAGCAAUUUGUUUUGGUAUAUCUGCCUGCGGACUUGCAGAUGGACCUCUUUGCUUAUCUAAUGUCACCUUACCCAACAAUGGCCAUGCUCAGCUGUGGAAUUACCCAUUCCAGAAGAGGAAUGUCAGUGCUGCCAACUACCUGCAUGACUCUUCACGCUGGGGAACUUGUGUGGAACCCAAGAACAUUGUGGUCUGGAAUAUAAUACUCUUCUCCAUACUCCUUGCAGUCAGUAGCCUGGAGGCUGUUCUAUGUAGCUUUCAGAUCAUAAAUGCAUUUUUUGGUUGUAUUUUUGGUAGAUAGCAGCUUGUUGGUCACAUAUUGACCUCCCGAACAUCACAGGCUUGUUUUACUGGAUGGAAUUCUCAUACAGUGGCAUGCAAAAGCUUGGGCACCCUUUGUCAAAAUUUCUGUCACUGUGAAUAGCUAAGCGAGUAAAAGAUGACUUGAUUUCCAAAAGGCAUAAAGUUAAAGAUGACACAUUUCUUUAAUAUUUUAAGCAAGAUUACUUAUUUAUUUCCAUCUUUUACAGUUUCAAAAUAACAAAAAUGGAAAAGGGCCCAAAGCAAAUGUUUGGGUGAAGUUCUUUUGCAGUCAAACAGGUGUUUUGAUUUGCCUUUCUAGCAAUCCUACGAGCAGUUUUCUCAGAAAGUUUUCGGUCUUCCAGACCUCAACUUGACCUCCAUCGUUCCUGUUAACUGCCAUGUCUUGAUUACAUUAUGAACUGAGGAAACAGCUACUUGAAAACUCUUUGAUCUCUUCUUAUAGCCUCUUCCUGCUUUUUGGGCAUCAUUUAUUUUAAUUUUCAGAGUGCUAGGCAGCUGCUUAGAGGAGCCCAUGGCCGCUGAUUGUUGGGACAAGGUUUGAGGAGUUAGGAUAUUUAUAAAGCAUUGAAAUUUGCUUCACCUGGCCUUUCCUAACGAUGACUGUGAACAAGUCAUAGGCCUAACAAGCUAAUUAAGGUCUGAUACCUUGGUAAAAGUUAUCUGAGAGCUCAAAUCUCUCGGGGUGCCCGAACUUUUACAUGAUGUUUUUCUCACUCUAAAAUUGUACAAAACAAAAAUAAUACAAUAAAUUUGCUUAAAAUGUUGAAAAGAAUGUUUCAACAAAGCCUGGCUGUCGAUGUAGUUGCUCCUACUCUACUUAAUUUAUUGUUUCCAACUUGUUUUGUAAACUUACUUUUUUUUCCUUGAAAUAUUAAUAAGAUUGUAUUCUGUUUCAUUUUUCAAGAGUUUGCUUUUCAAAAUGUUUUGCAAAUGGGGCUGAUCUUUUUUUAAAACACUUUUUUGGUGGUGUUUAUAGCAUUCCCUUCUCAAUGUUUUGAGUAAGGUGGAAGUUU